AUGAGGAGGCAAUGGGACACAGGAACAGUGAAGGUCGAGCGCAGGUCCCUGCUCGGUCGUCUCACUCACUACGCCUUCGAUGCGGUGCUGAUCUCCGCCUUUUUGGCCGGCGUCAAACGUUCAACUGGUCUCACGGUCCUCGACAGCCCCAGUCUCAGCUCCGACAAAAUCACCGAUAAUAAGGACUUCAAGAAAUGGAUCGACAAUUACCUAGGCGUCGGCGAGUGGGUAAUGGAUCAGUCGAUUGCGGUUUUGGGCUCGACCAGCUACUUUGAGCGGAAGCGAUAA